AUAAAAAUGGCGACUACUGACGGUAACAGAGGUGACUCAAAAAAUGACGCAAAUUUGGCAGAUUUGAAGGAGGCAAUCGGUGGAAAACUACAACGCCGGCAAGAAGAGAGGGUAACCAAGCUUGAGGACUUGAGAAAUCAGCGAGAAACGGCGACCGGCAAGCAGGAGAGCUCGAAUUAUUUCGAUAGCACAUUCACCAACGAAAAGGCCACAGUGGAAGAGCGCCUGUCAACCGCAGGCUCUGUGGAAAAAUCUGCCCUCAGUGAUUUAUUUGAUUCACUGACGUUGUCAGUACAGAAGUUACAGAAAUUCAUCACUGAGUCCACCUUCUUCCUGACUUCAUAUGAAAUUAGAAAAUCCCAAGAUGAUGUUGAAAAGUUAUUUGCCGCCAUAGACGAGAAGCGGGAUGAACUCAUCCCUAAAAAGAAGUUUGCUUUUAAAGGUAGACAGAAAAAGUCCAACAAACCGAAAGAAGUUAAGCCCACCGUAGCUGUAGAGGAGGUAGAUGGGCCCUUGAACAACAUCCAGAGUGACUUGCUCAAGUUUCAGUGCGGUGUUUUUGAUCAAGCUAAUGCUGUCUUUGAGCUUCAAUCGCAAGAAGUUAAAUCCAAAGAUGUUGGACUCACUAACCUAUCUUCCUGUACAGUAAAACUGUACGGGUCCCCGAAUGCCAUCCACAUGAAUAAUCUGAUAAACUGCACCGUGUUCUCCGGUCCAGUGCCCGGCUCCGUCUUUGUUGAUAAUUGUCAAGGUUGUACGCUCGUCGUUUCUUGUCAACAGCUCAGGGUACACCACACCACGGCAACCAAGUUCUAUCUUCAUGUCACGAGUCGUGCCAUUAUUGAGGACACGACCGAUGUGGGAUUCGCACCUUACAACUGGACCUACCCAGAGCAGGAUGCAGACUUCAAGACCAGUGAGCUCGACCGAGGUCGCAACAGUUGGGAUGACGUGGAUGACUUUAAUUGGCUCGCAAGCGACAAAGCAUCCCCUAAUUGGAGUGUUAUUACGGAGGAGAAACGAGUCCAGUCUUGGGAGAUGUGAUGUUCACUACAUCAGUGUUUGACAUUGGACCACAUUGAUUCCAAAGAAAAUAGUAAAUUUGUUCAAGCAUCGGUCAGAUUUAAAGGCACUAGCAACUAUUGGUAAUUACCACUGGUAAUAAGUAAAAAUCGGCCUGCUCAAAAUAAUCGCCAGCCUAAAACAGCUUACUCAGUAACGAGAGUGGAGAGCUGUUGUGAUUGAACUAUAAAACAUUUUGAGAAACAGCUCCCUCUGAAGUAAUGAAGUUUUUGAGAA